AUAUAUAUUUUUUAAAUAUUAAUUGAAAAAAAAAUCCUAGACCCCAAAAAUCAGCCUUUUUUGUAUUCGAUUUCGAUUGAUUUUUUUUUUUAAAGUGAUAGGUUUGGGGUCGGGGGAUGUGAAAAGGUGAUGGUUAAAGAUGACGCACGUGGUGCCGGCGGACCCACAGGUGUUGGUGACGGUGAAGAAGAAGGCACAGCCGUCGCGAAGUUGGGCCGUUUUGGACAGCAAUGGCGAAACCACCUUGUUGGACGUCGAUAAGUACGCUAUCAUGCAUCGAGUUAACAUCCACGCCCGUGAUUUACGCAUCCUCGAUCCCCUCUUGUCUUACCCUUCUACCAUUCUUGGCCGUGAUGGUGCUAUUGUUUUAAAUUUAGAGCAUAUCAAGGCAAUUAUUACGGCUGAGGAGGUAUUGCUUCGAGAUCCAUCGGGUGAAUAUGUUAUCCCUGUUGUUCAAGAACUUCAAAGGCAUCUACCUGUAGUGAAUGCCAUUAAUCAAGGUCCGGAAGCAAUUGGCCAUAUUGAUGCCGAAGCAGCUGAUGAAUGUGUGUCUCCAUUUGAAUUCCGAGCACUGGAGGUAACUUUGGAAUCCAUAUGUAGUUUUCUAGCAGCCCGUACACUAGAACUAGAGACUGCAGCUUAUCCUGCUUUAGAUGAACUUACCUCCCUGAUUAGUAGCCGUAAUUUAGAUAGAGUUCGUAAAUUGAAGAGUGCAAUGACCAGAUUGACUGCUAGGGUACAAAAGGUGAGGGAUGCACUCGAACAACUAUUGGAUGAUGACGACGACAUGGCUGACCUUUAUCUGUCGAGAAAGUUAGCUACAUCUUCACCUGUUAGUGGAUCAGGUGCUGCCAAUUGGUAUGCUGUAUCUCCUACCAUAGGAUCAAAGAUUUCCAAAGCAAGUAGAGGAAGCAUAGCAACAAUUCAUGGCGAUGAAAAUGACGUAGAGGAGCUCGAAAUGUUACUAGAGGCUUAUUUUAUGCAAAUUGAUGGAACAUUGAAUAAAUUAACCACGCUGCGGGAAUAUAUCGACGAUACAGAGGACUACAUCAAUAUUCAGCUCGACAAUCACCGAAAUCAGUUAAUCCAGUUAGAGCUCUUUCUAAGUUCAGGAAGUGUUUGUUUAUCUGUCUAUUCUUUGGUGGCUGCAAUAUUUGGGAUGAACAUUCCAUUUACAUGGAACGAUAACCAUGGAUACGUGUUUAAAUGGGUGGUGAUCAUCUCGGGGCUACUUUCUGCACUUUUGUUCAUACUGAUUAUGUCCUAUGCUCGGUUGAAGGGUUUGGUUGGAUCUUGAGGUGCAAAUUGUGCAUGAAAUAAUAGUUGAGUCAAUGAAGAACAAAGUUUUGUUGAGCGAUCAAGACAAUUAAUAACAUAUGAAAAAGAAAAGGAAAAAAAGGUUGGUAUAAAUUUCAAUUGAAAAACAAGAAAAGAAAUAAUUGUGAUUUUUUAUUUUUUUUUAAAAAGAAAGUACCUUAAAGAAAAUUUAUAGGCUUAGAAAACAA